UAAUUCUGCUGGUCUAGUACUUAAAGAGCCUGCGCUGAGAGUAAUGGGCAAUGAGAUGGGCAACAACAACGUUAUUGGUCAACAAGUAUCGGAGGAUGGUGCUAAGGAUUUUGACAAACCCAUGGACCAUCCAGAUUGCUCACCUGUGCUCAACAACACGAAUGAUAAGGAGAAGGACGACCCUAAGGAUGUAGAUAUGCCAGAGGUACUAAAUGUCCCCCUCAUCUCUAAUGGUGGAGAUGAUAAAAUGGAUUCACAUCAAACAAAAACCUUGGUUGCGAAUGAAGAAUUAGAUGAGAAGAACAGGGUCUCACUUCAGGAUCAGGUAUCAACACAAGAUGAUCAUGUGAUGAGUAACUUACGCAGACAAGAAGAAACAGUUGUCCCUGUCGGAAGCACAAUUGAAGAUAUGACAAGCAACAAAGAUACUUCAUUAUCUGAUGAGAAAUUCAAACAACUUGUAAAUGAAAGUGCAGAGGGUAGUGAAGCAAGUACCAUAUCAAAUCCGGCCACAUUGUUACAGGAAAAUUUUGAAGGUCAUCCCAAAGAUGACGAGGAAUCUUGCAAUCAAGAAGUUGCAGCGGUGGUCGGUAAUCUAGUUGGAGAAGAUGCAGUUGAAAACCUAGAAGAAGGACAAACUCAGGUAUCAACAGUAUGUGAUCAAUCAACACCAUCGCCAAUACAAGGAGAGACUACAUCUGAUUAUCGUGAUGCUGCGACUAAGGAGGUCGUCAUGGAAGAUGAGCCUAGAGAAAGAGGAAAUCCAUCAUAUGUACGAGCAGAAGAUGACGCCAACCAAGAAACAUCCAAGAGUGAAGAGAAGCAAAAAAUCUGUGAAAUUGGCAAAAGCUGCAAAACUACAGCAAUAAAUAUUGUGCUUGAAAAUGGUCAUGAAGUACUAGAAGACAAGAAGAUCCACGGGUUGGAAAAUCAGGAGGAAGAAUUUCCCAAAUGUGAAGCAUAUGGUGCACUCGAUACUGGUGAAGCUGUUUCCCAGUUGCAGUCAGCUUUAGCAGUUCCCAUUGCAACAAAUGGCAGAGAAUUUCAGAAACAUGUACUGGAUAUAGCUUCAGUAGGAGUGAUCUCAGAUCCUUUAAGUGCAGAAAUGGAGCAUAAUGUAAUUGAAAUAACAGAGAAAGCACAAGGGGGAACUAUUGGCAAAUAUGUUGCAAAGAAGAAUGAAGAAGAUAAUUUUGAGGGGGGUGAGAAAUCUAAUGGUAUCCAUGACUUUGUCAGAAUUGUCAACCAUGGAGAAGAACCUAAAUGUUUAGGCCCUCUUCCUAUUUUGAAUGAAGAAAAGGUACAGGAAGAAGUCGUCAUAGAAGAAUUUGCUGCGGUUAUGACGGCAACAUCAUUUGCUCUUCAACUAGCAGAAGAUUCUGUCAAGGAAGAUAUAAAACCCACCAGCUCAGAUAGUAAUGAAGGAACCACCACCUCCACAUACGAAGCAAAGACUACAGAUACACAAGAAACAAUGAACAACUCACAAUGUGAUCAGACUCAACAGGUACUGCUUGAAGAACUUGACGUUGUCAAAUUUGAAAACAGCGAGACUCUGAGCACUUGCAUGCAGCUUGUGGAAUGCAGUUCAGCGACAGAAUUGAUCUUCCCUAAUGUAUCCCACAAGGAGAGAGAAGGUGCAUCUUCUAAAGACGCAAGUUUUACUUCUGAAAUCAGUGAGCAGAAGGUCACAGGGGUUGUAGCCUUUGCUGCUGAAUCGAAACAAAAUGAUUUAAUUGCAAAUGCUGAUAAGUUUAGUCAGGAACACUGUCUGGUCGAGAAACCAACUCUAGGAAGACAUGCUGGUGAAGAGACUCCAUUACUUCUCAGUGCAGAAAGCAUCAGCUCUUCAAGUUAUUCUGGUGAACAGGAUAUGAAAGUAGUCAAGGACAUCCCGAUAACCAACAUUGCUCUGAUGCAGGCCAAACAUGAAGCCGUGGAAGAAUCUGAGAAGAGUCCAUUGUUGAGCCCUAGGGAGCCAUCAGAAGGAGCUUUCAGAGCACCGAAUCAGUCUGCCAGAAACAAUAGACCACUGCAUAGCUUAGUGUCAGAGGACAGGGUUGGUAGGUGGUCGCUGUUGAAGGAACAAGAACCAGUUCGAAAGAACAUCAGUUCUCCUAGAAGCAAAGAAAAGCAGGAGCCAAAACCAUCCCUCUUUGCCCUUUGCAUGUGUUGCACGACAGCUACGAACUGAUGUACGGCUCCAUGUGUUUUUUUUCCUUAAUGCCUGCUUGUUAUUUUUUCGUUUGUUCAAGGUUUGAUGCUUGAGUUUGCUUAGUGAAGAGUGUCUUGCAGUUGCUGGAAAUCCUUUACAUACCACAAAUUGUAUUUGGUCAGAAGUUUCCAAAACUGUAUGUUUCUUCAUUUGUUUUACAGAAAUGUAUCUAGUUUGAGGAACGAAUGCCUUCAAUAAUGGUUGUGCCUGGA